AUGUUUCGCCGUGCAUUGCGACUGGGAUCGCGCGUCUCGGUCGCGUCAGCGGCCGCGGUUAUUCCCGCGACGGCCGCCGCCUGCUUGAGUGACAGCAAGACUGGUGUAGAAAUCAAUGAUUUUGGGGCGGUUUUCGGUCUCGCAUCGACCGGUUUUAGCAUUAGCGAUCGAGACCGUCACCACGGCUCGCCCCUGGUAAAAAAUCUAGCCAAAACGGCCGAGUUUUGGCCGAGAGCGAGAGCCGGGGGUUUCGCGGCUCUCGCAAAUUGAUUCCUGGCCCGACGGCGUCUCAAAAAUUGAUUCCCACAGGCGAGCGCCGGCUCCAGGAGCGCCUGCGAUUGCAGGGCGGCCCGUCGGUCGAGGACUACCUCAAGGCACGCGACGCGAUCGAGCCCGAGCGCCGCGUUAUUGUGGUGGUCGGAAUCACCGGCGCGGGCAAGAGCUCGACGGCGAACACGAUCCGCGGCUCGCGCGCCAAGGAGUUCGAGGUCGCGGACUCGCUGUCUUCCGUGACGCGCGCGGCGGCGUUCCGCGACUUUGCCGUGAACACGGGCGGCCCGGGCGCCAACGUACGGCGCUUCGUCGAGGACUGCGAGGACCGCGUGGUCGGCGUGGAGAACCGCCUCGAGCCGCACCGCACGCAGUCGACGCGCCGCCUCCACCAGGCCGUCCUCGAGUGCCUCGCGACCAACGACUCUACGUACAAGUUCAAGCCCUCGGUGGCCCUCAAGCGCCACCAGUCGCUCAACGAGCUAGACGUCCAGGACGACGACGUCGCUAUAGCCGACGACACAGAACAAGUACCCGCCAAGGCCGACCCCGCGGAGAACGCCGUGGCCGUGGCCGUCAACUAG